UCCUGACACGUAGCCUGGUUUUACCGCAAUGCCCGUGUUGAGUGCUGGCUGAUACCGGCACCGAUCCGAUAUCAGCAGGAACCGUAAACGCUCGAAAAGGUUUUAACGAGACAAAUUAGUCAACCAAGCUCGUCUGUGAUUGGCUGACCAGCUAAAGAUGGCCCACCUCUUCCUGGCCAGCAAGACGGUCCUGCCCGAAGACGGCGCUCGAGGGAGCGCGGGCGCCGUUAAGAUCCCCACCAUGUUCUCCUACGUGAAGCUGGGCGGCGACAAGCCCAGGAAAGACCACGCCAUCGUCACGACGACCUCGGUGCCGCACGUCAACGAGGCCCAACUGAGCGCGGCCACGGGCGGCGCCGAGAUGUCCUGCUACCGCUGCACGGUGCCAUUCGGCGUGGUGGUCCUCAUCGCCGGCGUGGUGGUGACGGCGGUGGCCUACACCUUCAACUCGCACGGCUCCACCAUCUCCGUGCUGGGACUGGUGCUGCUGGCGGCCGGACUGGGCCUGCUGGCGUCCAGCGCCGUCUGCUGGAGGGUCCGACUGGGCAGGAAGCGGGACCGGAGAAGGGAGAGCCGAGCCGCCCUUGUGGUCGGUCCGGGGUACUGCGAGGCAUGAGGAGGACUUGGACCAACUGGAACCUUUGGCCACCUCACCAGCAGAGGUCCAGUUCUGGGCUGACCAUUCCGCUCAGAAUCUAUUCUCCAUUGAAAAACCUCCUUUUAAAAAACGGAUAUGAAAAUAUCUAUAAUUAUAUAUUUGAAAUUCAAUUAUUGAAAGUUAUGAAUCAAUUUAGAAUAGAUUGUCAAUUCACAAACAGCUUUAUAAAAAUGGAUUCUUAGUAGAAAAAUGUAAAUUUUUUAAAAUAUAUUUUCAAAAUGAUUUUUGAAAAUUAUGAUUCGAUUUUCAAGUGAUUUGCAAUUCAAAAAGGUCUUUUUAAAAAUAUAUUCUUAUUAAAAAUAUAUUAAAAAGUAUAUUUUUAAAUCAAUUUAAAAAAGAGAUUACGAAUCGAAUUUAGAAUCAAUUCUCAAUCAAAAAAGUAUUUUUUAAAAUUGAGUAAUAAAAAUAAAACUAUUUUUUUUUCAUUUAAAUUGAUUAUUUAAAAUUAUGAAUCGAUUUAGAAGCAAUUGUCGAUUAUAAAACGUCUUUUUACAAAUGAUAUAAAAUAUUUUUUUAAAUAUUCCUGUAUAUUAUAACGAUUUUUUAAGAUUUUUUUUUAAGUUGUUGAUUCAAAAACGUAUUUUCAAAAACUGAUUCCUAUA